AUGGCAGCGACGAGUGUUGUCGUUCUCGACAGAGGCAAUAAUACAACUUGUACCGUAAAUCUUUUCGGUGCAACAGUAGUAUCAUGGCGUGUUAACAAUCAAGAACAACUAUUUGUAAGUAAGCAAGCAAUAUUCGAUGGAAAGAGGCCGAUACGAGGAGGGGUCCCGUUUGUGUUCCCCCAAUUCGGCGAUUGGGCGUUCGGACCGAUGCAUGGGUUCGCGCGUAUCGCUCGCUGGCACGUGGAGAAGAUGCCCGAACGAUUGCCCAGCGGCGAUGUGGAGGCCAUCUUCAGCCUCAUGGACGACGACUUCACGAGAUCCAUGUGGCACUUUCAGUUCAGACUGACAUACCGGCUGAUACUCCGCGAAAAGGAGCUACACUUCAACAUAGGAGUGUACAACCCGAGCAAGGAGCUCACGUUCAGCUGUCAGAUGCUGCUGCACACUUACUUCAAGGUGCCGGACGUACGGCGCUGUCAGAUCACCGGGCUGCACGGGUGCAUGUUCAUUGACAAAAGCCGCGACGGAGUGAUGUACCAAGACACGCGCGAAGUGGUGACGAUAAACGAGUGCACAUCACGCAUCUACCAGAACACGAUGCAGGAGCACAUCAUUACCAACGUGGUCAGCGGACGCAAGAUGCGGAUACAGAAGUACAACUUCCCGGAUACUGUAAUCUGGAACCCGUGGGCGGAGUUGGCUAAGGAAAUCCCUGAUCUUGGGGACGAUGAGUUCCCUAAUAUGGUGUGCGUGGAAGCGGGUCGUAUUGCGACGCCCAUCGUCCUUCUACCGGGGACCGCGUUCGAAGCUAGCCAGAUAUUGCAGGUGAUGUAA